AUGGCUCCCACUCCCCACCCUCUGAUGUCCUUGAGCAUCGACGAGACAACCCAGGCUCGCGACAUCAUCUUAGACGCCCACCCAGGAGCCUCCAUCUACUUCCGAAUCGUCUCCCUCCUCGAGCCACCAAAGGCGGAGUUGACCGCCUUCCUGGACGCUGAGCACUCCGGCCGACUGACCUCGAGCACACCACGGCCGGCGCGGCUAGCAGAGGUCAAGUACGAUGCCAUUGAGCGCGGGAGCAAGGUGCCAGUCUACCAGGAAGCAUGGGUCGACAUCGACGGGAAGAAGGUUGUCCAGCAUGAGUUGAUAGAUACGGAGUUCCAUGCUAGCUUGACAUUUCCCGAGUUCAAUACCUUCGUCGAGGUCUGCGAGAAGUCGCCAGUCUUCCAGCAGAAGAUCAAGGAGUUCCAGCUUCCGCCCGGAUUUGAAGUGAUCAUCGAGCCAUGGCCAUAUGGAGGACUAGACGCUGCAGACGAGAACCGCCGCUUCUUUCAAGGCUUAAUUUUCGCGGCGGAUGCGAGUAAAGACAACAAGGACACCAACUUUUACUCGUUUCCUCUCCCCAUCAUCCCGAUCAUGGACUGGGCGAACAAGGAGAUCAUCCGUAUUGACGAGCUUGCCACUGGCGGGACCAACGACGGAUUCACCUCUAAGACGCACAAAGCUGGGGUCCUUGAUCACUGUCAAAGCAGCGAGUAUGUGCCAGAACUGUUGAAAGGUGGCACGAGGAAGGAUCUGAAGCCUCUGAAUGUCACACAGCCAGAGGGUCCUAGCUUUGCAGUGUCCGGCGAUAACCUGAUCGAGUGGCAGAAGUGGCGGUUCAGAGUAACGUUUAACGCGAGAGAGGGUGCUGUCAUUCAUGAUGUUCAUUACGAUGGCAGGAGUAUACUGUACCGGUUGGCCUUCAGCGAGAUGUCCGUACCCUACGCCGACCCCCGACCGCCCUUCCACCGCAAGCAAGCAUUCGACUUCGGCGACGGCGGUCUCGGUCACUGCGCCAACAACCUCCAACUCGGCUGUGACUGUCUCGGCGUGAUCAAAUACCUCGACGGCGUGAUCGUCAAUGCAGAUGGCAAAGGCGAGAAAGCACCCAAUGUUAUCUGCAUCCACGAACAGGACAACGGCAUCAAUUGGAAACAUACGAACUGGCGAACCGGCCGUGCCGUCGUGACCCGGAGACGUGAAUUGGUCGUCCAGUUCAUUAUUACAUUGGCAAACUACGAAUAUGUCUUCGCUUUCAAAUUCGACCAAGCGGGCGGAAUCUGCGUCGAAGCCCGCGCCACCGGCAUCGUCUCCGUCGUCAACAUCGACCCAGGCAAGACAGCAGACUGGGGCAACGUAGUCGGCCCCGGCGUCCUAGCCCAAAACCACCAGCACUCCUUCUGCCUACGCAUCGACCCCGCUAUCGACGGCCAUAAAAACACAGUCUCCUACGAAGAGAGCCUGCCCAUGCAGAUCAACCCCCAAACCAACCCCAACGGCAACCGCUACGAAGUCCGCAAAACCCCCAUCACCACCUCUACAGGCCUCGACAUCGACCCGCUUGCCGGUCGCACGUUCAAAAUCCAGAACCUAGAUAUCAAAAACCCCAUCAGCGGCAAGCCAGUCGGCUAUAAGAUCCAGCCGCCCGCCACGCAGAAGUUGCUGGCUGCACCGAACAGUAUCCAGUAUAACCGCGCUUUGUUCGCGCAGCAUCAUAUCUGGGUGACGAAGUACCGGGAUCAUGAGUUGUAUGCUGCGGGGCGGUAUACAUUGCAGAGUCGAAAGGAGAAGGGCGGCGUGAGCGAUAUGGUGAAGAGGAACGAGGGGACGGUGCAGGAGGAUGUGGUGGUGUGGAAUGUUUUCACAUUGACGCAUAAUCCGCGGGUGGAGGAUUGGCCUGUUAUGCCGGUCGAGGUGUCGCAGGUGAAUAUCUUUCCGUCGGACUUCUUCAAUGCCAACCCAUCGAUCGAUGUGCCUUCGAGCAAGAACGAAGCAUCCCAACUGGCGAACGGCGAUUGUUGCGACUCGAAGCAAAGCAAACUGUAG